GCAGCCGCAGCUCAGCUUUUCACAGGUAUUUUCAGUCAUAGGUGUGUCGAAGAAGCUGGCAAUCACUGUCGCUAUACCUGAAACAAAAGAAAUAUAUACAUAUAUAUAUAUAUUUUUUUUAUAAAACAAACGAUGACUCAACGCUCGAGACCCGGUUAUUAUCGUCAGGAAGUGAAUAAAACCAUUUGGGAAGUACCUGAACGAUACAAAGAUUUAAGACCGGUUGGCACAGGGGCUUAUGGUACAGUAUGCUCUGCUCAGGACCGCAAAACAGGGUCAAAGGUUGCUAUCAAGAAACUCCUCCGUCCUUUCCAGUCAGAACUUUUUGCCAAGAGGGCUUACCGGGAACUCCGACUUCUCAAACACAUGAAGCAUGACAAUGUUAUUGGACUGCUGAAUGUUUUCACCGCAGACCUGUCACUGGACCGAUUUCAAGACUUUUAUCUGGUGAUGCCCUUUAUGGGUACUGAUCUUGGGAAACUAAUGAAAACAGAGAAGCUUACAGAAGACAGAGUUCAGUAUCUUGUCUACCAGAUACUGAAAGGAUUAAAGUAUAUCCAUGCUGCUGGUAUCAUUCACAGGGACCUCAAGCCAGGCAAUCUAGCCAUCAGUGAAGAAUGUGAGCUCAAGAUCCUGGAUUUUGGUUUGGCCCGUCAGGCUGAUAGUGAGAUGACAGGCUAUGUGGUAACUCGCUGGUACAGAGCCCCUGAGGUCAUCCUCAACUGGAUGCACUACACACAGACUGUGGACAUCUGGUCUGUUGGCUGUAUCAUGGCAGAGAUGCUCAUUGGAAAACCGCUGUUCAAAGGACAUGAUCACCUGGAUCAACUGACUGAGAUCAUGAAAAUCACAGGAACACCUACGCAAGAUUUCAUCUCCAAACUGCAAUCCCAGGAUGCUAAAAACUACAUUCAGAAGAUGCCCAAACUUAGGAAGAAAGAUCUUCAGAUUUUGAUGCCAGACACCAACCCUCAAGCAAUUGCUGUGCUAGAGUCCAUGCUGCUGCUGGACCCAGAAAGCAGAGUGACGGCAGCUGAAGCUAUGGUUCUGCCCUACUUCUCUGAAUUUCGCGAGCCAGAGGAGGAGACUGAAGCUCUGCCAUACGAUCACUCACUGGACAACGCUGAGCAGUCACUGGAGCAAUGGAAACGACUCACAUUUAGUGAGAUUCUUACUUUCCAACCUCCACCACUGGGGCCAGUGCAGAAAGAGACAUCACUUUGAGUGGAAACAUCUCAAGCCAAGUGUGCCUUAGCUCUUUUCAUGGGACCCAUGGUCCGUGCGUGUGUCUCCAUUAUAUACUUUACGAACUAAACAACGUAUUUGGUAUUACAGUAAGUGCUGCCGUGUUGGUGGUCAAACAUAAACAUUACCAUUCACAUACCUUUAUUAGGACACUGCACAACUUAUUCAUUAUACUGGAAUACAAAGAAGUAUACUUCAAAGAAAUGCAAUAAUUUCUUUGAGCAGGUGUUUAUGUCUAUAAUUCUAUGGUCUGCUGUGGUCCAUGGACACAUUUGAGUCCAGUGACAUGAGACUAUGCAUAUGUUAAACCAAAUAUCUUUUUUUAACCAAGUAUUUUUGAAAAUAAAUUUGCUACAACGAAUUGUCUGUAAUCAAACUUCUGCUUUUUGCAAUAAAGACAAUUUGGUUUAA